AUGAAGUGUUGUUGUGCAAGGGAAAAGGGGAAGAGGGGAAGAGGGGAAACGCAACGACAGCGACGAGCCCGAAUAUUAGCAGCCUUACCCUACCUGAACCAGCACUUGCUCUCAGCAACAGCACCCGCUCCUAGCACCAGCAUCCGCUACCAGCACCCGCUUCCAGCCCCAGCAUCCGCGUCACCCCAGUGCCCGCACCCGCUCCCAGCACCAGCACCUGCUCCCAGCACCAGCAUCCGCUACCAGCACCCGGUUCCAGCCCCAGCAUCCGCAUCACCCCAGCGCCCGCGCCCGCACCCGCUCCCAGCCCCAGCAUCCGCUACCAGCACCCGCUUCCAGCCCCAGCAUCCGCGUCACCCCAGCGCCCGGGCCCGCACCCGCUCCCAGCCCCAGCAUCCGCUUUCAGCAUCCGAUUCCAACACCAGCAUCCGCGUCACCCCAGCGCCCGCACCCGCUUCCAGCCCCAGCAUCCGCGUCACCCCAGUGCCCGCACCCGCUACCAGCACCAGCACCUGCUCUCAGCACCAGCAUCCGCUACCAGCAUCCGCUUCAAGUACCCGCUUCCAGCACCAGCAUCCGCGUCACCCCAGCGCCCGCGCCUGCACCCGCUCCCAGCCCCAACAUCCGCUACCAGCACCCGCUUCCAGCUCCUGCAUCCACGUCACCCCAACGCCCGCGCCCGCACCCGCUCCCAGCCCCAGCAUCCGCGUCACCCCAACGCCCGCGCCCGCACCCGCUCCCAGCCCCAGCAUCCGCGUCACCCCAGCGCCCGCUCCCAGCACCAGCAUCCGCUACCAACACCCGCUUCCAGCCCCAGCAUCCGCUUCCAGCCCCAGCAUCUACGCACCCUGUGUAACGGGGGUCCUUUCUAAGAGAAAUAGAAUUGGAUAG